GGGAGUUGAGUGAGGAGAGCGCGCGGGGCAUCAUUUAGGAGCGAGGGCGCAUCGGGGAAGCUGCGCGCGGACGCAGCUUCUUGGCGCACACAUCACAGAUAUGAUGAGGUCGUUGAUGGACUGAUUUUUUUCCCCUCCUCGUUCCAAAGAGCGCGCUCCGCCUGCGCGCGCGGGAUGGAUUCGCUGAACGCCAGCGGGAUGGACGCGUUCACGGUGAUCCACCUGAACUCCUCCUGGAGCCCGGAGGGCGGAUAUUCUUUGGCGGCGGUCGCUGGGAUCGCCGCCCUUGUAAGUUUUCUCAUUCUUUUCACGGUUGUGGGGAAUAUUCUGGUGGUGAUCGCCGUGUUGACGAGCCGGGCGCUGAAAGCCCCCCAGAACCUGUUCCUGGUGUCUCUGGCCACCGCGGACAUCCUGGUCGCCACUCUGGUGAUGCCCUUCUCCCUGGCGAACGAGCUGAUGGGCUACUGGUAUUUCGGGAAAGUUUGGUGCGGCAUCUACCUGGCUUUGGAUGUUCUGUUCUGCACAUCGUCCAUCGUCCAUCUGUGCGCAAUCAGCCUGGACCGGUACUGGUCCGUUACGCAGGCGGUGGAGUACAACCUGAAGCGGACUCCCAGGCGCAUCAAGUGCACCAUCCUCAUCGUGUGGCUGGUGUCCGCCUUCAUCUCGUCUCCUCCUCUGGUGUCCAUCGACAGGAACGGUGACAUCAGCUCGCAGCCUCAGUGUGAGCUCAAUGAUGAGACUUGGUACAUCCUCUCCUCCAGCAUUGCCUCCUUCUUUGCACCCUGCCUCAUCAUGGUCCUGGUGUAUGUUCGAAUAUACCAGGUGGCCAAAACCAGAACCAGGAGCAUGUCUGGGAAGAAGCCCAAGCCGGACGGCGACGGCGGCGGCGUGACGCAGACAGAAAACGGACUGAGCAAAGUCUCCUCUCCGUUCCCCGGGGAGGGCGAGAACGGUCACUGUCAGUGCCCGCCGACGCCCAGCCAGCGGACGGUCACCACGGGCCCACAGACCGAGGAGGCCGACGUGGAGGAAACCUCCUCCUCGGAGGGCAAAGGUCACAAGCCACAGAGGCAGGACUCCCAGAGAGCAAAGAAGGCGAGGAAGAGCUCCUUCUCCAAACACCCCAUCUCCAGAGUCAGCAACAAGUCCAUGGAUAUGUUCGCCUCCAGGAGGAAACGCCGCCGCAGCUCCUUCGCCAGGAAGAAGGUCUCCCAGGCCAGGGAGAAGAGGUUCACCUUCGUCCUGGCGGUGGUCAUGGGAGUGUUCGUCCUGUGCUGGUUCCCCUUCUUCUUCAGCUACAGCCUGUACGGCGUGUGCAGGGACUCCUGCAAGAUCCCCGACCCGCUCUUCAAGUUCUUCUUUUGGAUCGGUUACUGCAACAGCUCCCUGAACCCGGCCAUUUACACCAUCUUUAACCGGGACUUCCGGCACGCCUUCCAGAAGAUCCUGUGCAAGUCCUGGAAAAAGUCCUCCUAGAGGCGGAGCUCCUGCAGCCACCGCCGCCGCGGCGUGACAGCCUCAAAGGGAACAAAAGAAAGUGAUGUUUGUUAUUGCCUUUCGUUACGUCACGCUGUCAUGUUGUGUCGUUCCAAGCAGCACACAGCCUGCAACCGUGUAGCUUUGUUUCCAUUACAGGCGUCAAAACUGAUAAAUGACUGCUGCUGCUGCUGCUGCUGCUGCGCUUUGUUUCCAACAGAAAUGUGCUGUAAUGCUUCAAGAGUCGAACAUGGGUGGAGAAGCUCUGCAGCCGCGACACAUGCACACGUUUCUCUGGCAGGAGGAAAAUAAAACAACAUGCACAUUGUGGCUUUUAUGGCUUUUUUUUGCUCCUUUCUGCUUUAUUGUUGCUGCUGCAAAUGUCCUUCUGGAAGAAGAAUUCAACAUUUCUACACAUGAACAGAUCUCAUUUAACACCAUUUUUGAGGUGUUUUUUUUUUUGUUGCCACUAUGAGAAAUAUUCUCCUUCAUUUUAUAUGAAAAAGUCAAGGCCAAACUAAACCAAAUACCAAAAUAAAAGCCUCUAAGAGGUAGCUUUAAAACUUA